UAUAGAGACGCUUAUCUGGAUUCUUUUGCCAAUUAUUGAAAUAACUAAAAUCAAGUAUAAUCAAAUGGAAGUAAAACAAGAAAUCAUCGAGAAAACCUGUAAAAUAGAAAUAAUAGAGUCUAAUCACUUGGAUGAUGCACUUUUGGAUGGCUUUAAAUGUGAAAUUCAGGAGUACUCCAAUAGACAAAGUACUGAUGACACAUAUGAUUCUUUAGACUUUAAGAAUUGUCUCAUAAAUACUGAAAUAGAACAACAUGAAAAUAAACUCGAUCUAUUCAAAGAAAAUCAAACACUGAAUAAGACAUACAUGAAUCCAAUUAAUGACUUGGUGUGUAAUAUAUUAGAGACUCCGUUUAGGCAUUGGAAAAAUGAAGAUAAAAGGGAUGUACUUUUACAUGGUCGACCAACCAGUAUUUUAAACAUAGGACUAAAAAAGGAAGUUAAAAAAAAAGGCAAGUCAUAUAAAAUUAAUUUUAAGUCUUCAUGGUUCACAGAAUUCAAUUGGUUGUGCAGUAGCACAGCGUUAGAAAAAUUGUAUUGUUGGCCAUGUCUCCUCUUUUCAAAUAAAAAUUCUGUAUGGAAUAGAGACGGUUUUGUUAAUUUUUUGAAUAUUAAUAGAUCGUUACAUAAGCAUGCAGAUUCUGGAGAGCAUUUAAAAAACCAUUUAUUGUUAAGAACUUUCGAACAAAAUCAAAAUACGAUUGCCAAUCCCUUAGAAGAAAACGCUAGAUUACAUAAACUAAAUUUUAAUGAAAAUGUUCGACUAAAUAGGAUUUGUUUGCGGACAGUUAUUGAUGCAGUUUUGUACCUCAGCAAACAAGAGUUGUCUUUUACGGGACAUGAUGGGAAAAGUGACUCGAGUAACAGGGGUAAUUUUGAGGAGUUAUUAAAUCUGUUAAUUGUUCAAUGCCCUUUGGAAACUAAAAAUCAUUACGAAAAAAUCAAAAAUGUUUUUAGUGGAGAAUUCAGUGGAAAUAGUGGAGAAUCAAAAACAAUUAAAAAUGAAUUAAUUGAGUGCAUUUGUGGUUACAUAAAUGAUAAUAUUAUAACUGAAAUUAAAAACAGUUCAUUUUUUUCCCUCCAAAUUGAUGAUGCUACUGACAUAACGCAGAUGUCGCAGUCUUCAAUAAUAUUAAGAUUCGUAAAUUCUCAAGGACUAUUAAUUGAAAGGUUUAUGGGAUUUUACGAUGUAAGUGCUGGUAGAACAGCUGAGCAUUUGUUCACUAUGGCUGCGAUAGUUUUAGAGCCUUUGGAAUACCGACAUAAGCUUGUAGGACAGUGUUACGAUGGAGCCAGUGUAAUGUCAGGGCAUUUAAAUGGACUUCAACAAAAAAUUAAAUCGCAUGCCCCACAAGCAAUUUUUGUGCAUUGUCUAGCCCAUCGACUUAAUCUUGUUUUCCAACAGAGCUUUAAGAAAAUAUCAAAAUGUCGAAUUUUUUUUGCAACUAUUACCGGAAUCCCAUCGUUUUUUCAUAGUUCAGCAAAACGAUCGUACGCUCUUGCAUCUACAUCGGCUAGACGUAUGCCAACAAUUACAGAGACAAGAUGGUCGUCGAAUUCAAAAUUAAUCAGUGUAAUUAUUGAAGACUGGGAAAAAUUAAAAGAGGUUUUUGAUAAUAUAAUGAAUUCUAAAGAGUCAGACCGUAAAUCAAUUCAGCUGGCUAAAGGCUUUUUAAGAGAUUUAAAUGAUUUUGAGUUCACAUUUUUAGCAACAGUUUUUAGCGACAUUUUUCAUAUAACAGAUAUUUUAUAUGAUGUUCUUCAAGAAAAGUCCCUAGAUAUUACUUUUUGUUUAAACCAGAUAAGGAGAACUCGUCAAUUAAUAAGUGAUAAAAGAAAUGAAGAAUUUUUUAAUUUCAUUUUUGAAAAAGCAAGCACAAUGACGGUCAUUAGUACUUCCAAAAGGUUUAGGUGUGAUGAUGGUAUGAGCAAGAAUGCAAUUACUACUCAAUACAGAGCAUUAUUUUUUGAAAUAUAUGACCAUAUUUUAAUGGAAAUGGAUGUACGUUUUCAGGAUUGUGAUAAAUUAAAAUUCGUAAGCUUAGCAGAUACAACAAAGUUUGAUUCAUACAGUUUGACCUUCCCUUCCGACGCUUUUCAAAAUUUAUUUGAGUUUUAUGGCACAAAAUUUACUAAACAUCAAAGACUUAAAAAUGAGCUCUGCCUUCUUUAUGCCGACGAAAAUUACAAAAAUGUGAAUUUGCAAGAAUUGGUUAUAAAGUUACAACCAAUUAAAGACAUUAUUGCAGAAGCCUACAAUUUGUUUUGUUUAAUUCUGACAAUUCCAUCGACAAGAGUAUCUGUAGAAAAAAGUUUUUCAUGCUUAAAAAGGUUAAAAAUUUUUACAAGAAACACUAUUUCACAAGAUAGAUUAUCCAGUUUGAGUGUUAUCGCACUUCAUAAAGAACUGUUGAAUGAACUUAUGCAGAAGCAUCCUUUCUACGAGGAUAUUAUUGAUAGAUUUGCCUCCCUAAAAGACCGAAGGAUCGACUUGGUUUAUAAAAACUAG